AAGUCUCUUUGGCUUGUCAAAUUAAUUUUAUAAUCCAUUUUGAUUAUUUUAACCAUCAAAAUACAAUUGAUUCAAGUAACAAAAGUUAAAAUAUUUAUCAAUAAAAAUUUGUCAAAUAAAAUAAAGAAUAAUUCGUUGAAAUAUCAUAUUUUAUUUUAGUGAAAACAUAUUCAUUUUGUUCGAGUUAAUAUCAUCAAAGAUCAACAAUGGAAGAAGGAAGCUGUGCUUGUUGUUAUGGUGCAGAUGAUUGUGAAUCACAUGGAUCCUAUGAUCUAGAAGGUAUAAAUAAAAAGUUUCUUAAAAAAAAAACAUUUGAAGAUAGAUUUGAGGUGGUCUGGAAAUUUAUGGCUGAAACAGGUCCAAUGGGACAUUGUAAUAAUAUUAAAGUAGACAAAACAGUUGGUGAUUCAACACAUUGGCGUACAAUUGGUAACAUAGAAUACACAACAGCAAUAAAUAAAAAUUAUUUAAGCAAAUCAAUUGAAGCAUACACAAAGAGUAUUGCAUUUGCACCAGUUGGAUCCAGUGAAUUGUCAUUGGGAUAUGGAAAUCGUUCAGCUGUUUUAUUCAAAGUAAGACUCUAUGAAGAUUGUCUUGUUGAUAUUGAACGUGCAUUAACAUCAGGCUAUCCAGACAAUUUAAAAACAAAGCUAUUUGUUCGUCAAGCAUUGUGCUUUAAAGCCUUGCAACCAGACUUUGAUAUUGAGUCAAGUAGUUCAAUAGCCAAUGCAAUGAAAUGGUUACCUAAAUUACAAAAAAAGAAUCCAAAUUACAACGUCAAAGAACAAUAUUCAAAGAUGAUAAAUGAUCUUGGAAAACCUUGUGAUACUAAUACAAUUAAAUUCACUCCAAUAAUUGAAAAUAAUAAUCCAAUAAUUGCUGGUGCAUCAGAUGCAAUUGAAUUGAAAAACACAAAAAAGAAUAAACAACAUCUUGUAGCAACCAGAGAUAUUAAACCAGGUGAAUUUAUUUAUAUUAACAAACCAUUUGAAGUGAUUGCAUGUGAAGAUGAACGUUAUAAUACAUGUUGGCAUUGUUGUCGUCAAACUUGGACUGGUGUACCAUGUAAUGAGUGUCCAAAUGUUAUAUUUUGUUCACCAGAAUGUAGAGAUAUUGCUUGGAAAGAAUAUCAUGAUUUUGAAUGUCCAAUUUUGAGUCUUUCUUUGAAAGUGGAAAUGGAUGUUGAGGACGAUUGGCGUUUUCAAUUGACCAUUCAAAUUUUAUCAAAAGCAAUCAAAGCUGCUGGUGGUAUUACUGAGUUGAAAAAAAAAAUUGAUGAUGUUGAAUCAAGUGCUGAUAAAUCAAUGGUUUUUAAAGAUGGUAUUUUUGAUGUUAAUACUAUUGAUAAUUUUCAUCGUCUUAAGUAUUUCCAGCCAACAUCUGAACGAUGUUCAUUUGGUCGAGUCAUUCGUAUUACAUCAAUUGUCUCAAUGUUUGGUCUUGACACAACUAUUUUUGGUAAAAAAAUGAGUCUUUUUGCUGUCAGUUGCCAUGAACAUUCAGUAAUUUUGGGAGGUUUGAUCUUCAGAUAUCUUAUGAUUGUUGAUCGCAAUGUUGUAUUUUACACAAAACAGGCGCCAAAUGAUGUCAAAUUAACACAUGCUGUUAUAAUACCAAUUCUACAAAUGUUUGUGAAAAAUUGUGAUCCUCAUGUCAACUGGUACAACUGUGAUCCAAAUGCUACUGUUUUAGUUGAAAGACCAAUUAAAAAAGGAGAAAAAAUACUUUUUUCACCAGUUGGACGUUACCAAGAUUUGUCAUUUUUUGAACGUCAAAGAAAAUAUUUUUCAUUCGCUGAAGAGCCAUGCAAAUGUAACAUAUGUGUACAAAAAUUACCAAUAGCUGAACAUCUUCCAUCUUACAAGACUUUGAAGCUAUCAAAACAAGUUGAAAAUGAAUUGAAACGUAUCGUCAAGAAAUCGUCUGGUUACUUGAAGCUCGUUUCUGAGGGAGACACAGAAAAAUUACUUAACAUAAAAGACACUUUGGUUGAAAUGACUGAUAAAUUUUAUCAACAUGUUACUGUUCCUUGUGAUGAGGCUUCAUUAUUUCCACUGAUGUUGGGAAUGUUGUAUCAUCAACUUGGCAUUCCACGUCGUAUUAUUCAGUAAUUAUAUUUUAUAAAAAACAAAUUACUUUAAUUUAUUAUUCUUUUUUUAUUUACUACUAAAGUAUUCACC